GGUCUGAAGCCGGUCUGCAGUUGUACGAGUAGUAGUGCGAGUGUACCGGCUGGGCUCGCCACCACAGGCCAGUCUACACAACACUUUCCCGAACCGCGCACGCGCGUACGUUCGCCUGUAUUACAACACUCGGAAACGCUCCGAAAUUACGUGAUUCCAUUUAAAGCCAUUCCCAUUCAAAGUGUAACUACACGUAAAUACGACUGAUGUAUGUUAUAUAAAAUGUAUUGAGUAACGGGUCGCCGUCAGUAUCAUCCCGUGGUUGUUUACGUGAGCCUCGUGCUUGACGCACCAUUUUCAGCGGUGACACAAACAGCUGAGCGAAGCGGGAAAUUGGGAGCAAGCGGUACAAAAGCUAAUUACAGGAUCUCGGAUCCACAGAGCAUGCGACGGCUUCACUUGACAGACAGACAUCUUCGCGUCAUGCUGUGGUGCAUUCUGCUCGGGUUGCAACCAGCGUUCGCUGGCAUUCUGGACCCCUUCAACUGGGCGCGUUCAGACCGCAUCGAGGUCAACAUUCCCUGGCUACCAUUUGAAAAUGAAACCAGAUGCUACGAUGAACUAGGAUGCCUGAACAUCACUAGAAGCUGGUACCAUCUCAUUCACCGGCCCUUCAACGUGUUCCCGCUGCCACGAGUGGUCAUCAAUACUAGGUUUAUUUUAUAUACAAAAAAGAACCCGACAGAUGGACAAUUGUUGAACGUGAACGUUAACAAAACUAUAGUAAAGUCCAAUUUCAACCCGAAGCGGCUGACUAAGAUGAUCAUUCACGGUUUCAUCGACACUCCGCUCUCUAACUGGGUCAGUGAGAUGAAAGAUGAGCUUGUGAAAGCAGGCGAUUUCAAUGUUGUUGUAGUGGACUGGGCAGGCGGCAGUCUACCGCUGUACACACAAGCUACGGCCAAUACUAGGCUAGUGGGACUUGAAGUGGCACAUUUCAUUAAUACGUUACAGAAAGAACAUGGAGUGAAUCCGUUGGAUGUCCAUAUUAUAGGUCAUUCCUUAGGUGCCCAUACAGCUGGUUACGCAGGAGAAAGAAUACAGGGCUUAGGAAGAAUUACAGGCCUGGAUCCAGCCGAACCUUACUUCCAAGGAAUGCCGACGCAUGUGCGAUUAGAUCCUAGCGACGCGCAACUCGUCGACGUCAUACACACUGACGGAAAGAGCAUUUUCCUUUUAGAUUUUGUGUUUAUGGCAGGAUAUGGAAUGUCACAACCCGUCGGUCAUUUGGAUUUCUACCCGAACAACGGGAAGGAGCAACCAGGUUGUGACCUCACCGAAGGACCGCUCGUACCUCUGACACUCGUCAAACAAGGACUCGAGGAAGCUUCUAGGGUACUAGUAGCCUGCAACCAUGUUAGAGCCAUUAAACUGUUCACAGAAUCUAUCAAUGGAAAGUGUUCCUAUAUAGGACAUCAGUGCCCGUCAUACCAACAUUUUCUAACAGGGAAAUGUUUCCACUGCGGACACGGUUGUGCAAUAAUGGGAUUCCACGCAGACAGCUCCCCGGGUUUGAUUACGAACAAAAACAAUCAAUCUGAGAAUGAGGUGUUUCCAUCGGAGGAGCACGAUACUAUCGGUGCUAAAUACUACCUCAGCACCGGCAAGGAUCUGCCUUAUUGUCAACGACAUUACCGUGUAGCUAUUCAGCUGGCAAAUCCUAAAGGAGCAGAAUCGUGGGUGCAGGGUUUCCUCAAAGUGACUUUGAUGUCCGAUAGAGGUGUAAUUAGAGGAAUGGAUUUAACACCAAAUAACUACGUUAAAUUAGAACAUGGCACUACCUACACCAUAGUGGUCACACACCCUAUGGAUUUGGGUGGAAAAGUUAGAAAGGUAGAGUUAUCGUGGGAGUACGACAUGAAUGUACUGGAGCCGCGAUCUCUUUGCAUACUAUGGUGUAACGACCGAUUGUACGUCAAAUCAGUUCUCGUCGACCAAAUGGAACUGCCAAGCAGAGGGAAAAGAAACGUCGACUUCAGCACAAAAUUGUGCACACCAAAACGCGAGUUCGCUGAAAUCCCCAACCGGGGCUCUGCCAGUUUCUAUGACAACUGCGGCAGGUAGUCGUGCCAUAAUAACCAGUAGGCUUCCCACUAUAGACUUUGCUGUCUAUUUAUAUAGACUCUGCGAGUAAGCUUUAAAUGAAAAGUGGACGUAGUAACGAAAAGGGAACAUUUGCCGAAGUGUAAUUAUACCAGUGAUUGUUUUUAGUGUACAGUUGUUACAGGGUGAACAUUUACAUGCGUUUAUUUAAAUUAUGAACACUUGUUUUAUUGCAUGUAGGUAGAUUUACAAUAAGAGCUAAAUUGUCUGCUAAAAGCUAAAUAACUUAAGCUCUUGCUAUGCCUACUCAUUCAGGCUAAGUAAGUACAAACUUGGCUUGUACCUUAAUUGGAGAUCUUUAUGCGAUGUCCAUAAAUUAAAUGGUUUUACCUACCUAACGAAAGAAACAAAAUAUGUAUGUAUAUAGGUACAUAAAUAAAAUAACUUAUCAAUGCUGUUGACAGGAACAAAUUGUUUCAUCUUGAAAUAAAUACUCACCUAUUGUAAAUAGCCUAUUUUUCAUUUUUUUUAUUAAUUUCCAAGAUUUUAGAUGUUUUUUACUUAUAUAAUUUUACGUAAUAUUUAUAUUGUUACAAAAUUCUCAGUAACUGACUGAACUUAACUUUGUAUUAAGUAUUAGGUGCCUAGUUAAUAUAAUCGUACGAUUAGUGGAAUACUUAAAGUUUUUGUAAUAAAGUUAGUAAAUAAGAAACAUUUGUAAAUACUUAACGUAAUAAUUUUAUAUUUAUGUUUUUGUAAAAAUGGCUGAUAAAUAUACGAUUGAUUCGUAUUUUUUAAGCACAUUUUGUUGCUACUUAAGGUAAUGAUUUUUGGUGCGUCUGUUUCAUUGUAAAUCCAUAAAAUAUCUGGAACCAAAUUCAUAAACAUGAAAGAAACCUGUUAAUCAAACAAUGUCCAUUGCGUGAUUAAGGUUUCUUUAAAACUAAAAUGUGACCGUAACUCAUUCAUAUCGACAUUACCACAUUACCUGUGUAUCUAUGUACAUGUGUAUAUCACAAAAUGUUAGUACAACUUAUUUUUACCGUACACCUAUUAUUGUAAGCAGGUACUGUUAGAGCUUAUGAAAUUGGUUCCAUAUAUUCUAGUUUCUGUAGGUAUUUUAAAUUUGUAAUUUAGGUGCUUAUUUAUUGUAGGUACCUAGCUGUACAAAUAUUCUAGUGCCUAGCAAUAAACUUAGUACCUACCUACCUACCUAAGUGCAUACAAUGCUAAAAGAUUCUAAUAAAAUAUUAAAUAUGAAGGUAAAUUGCUUUUGUUUUUAUCUGUGUUUUAAUAGACACUCAUUUGGAACAACAAGAUUGGUGAAAAAAAUGCCUUCAAAUGCAUAAUAAAAUUACAGUGUGAUAAUAAAUCCCGAAUUCAAAUGUAGGUUUCUAUUUAGGUACUCCCUUUUAAUAAUAACUUAUCGAACAAAACAUCACAGAUUCUGAAAUAAAAUUAUUUUCUUA